UAUCUUGGUUGGCGACGGCGGCGGUUGGUGGGUGAGAGUAUCAAUCUGAAGCUGCUAUUGGAGGCUGGAUGGAGAUUGGGGCCGAGCGGGGACACUGGCGGUGGUGGCUGCGGCGAAGGCGACGACGGGCGUUGAGCUGAGAGGAGCUCCGGCCAGGUGUAAAAAUGAAUCUGGAAAAACUCAGCAAACCUGAACUACUUACACUAUUUAGUAUUCUUGAGGGAGAACUAGAAGCCAGAGAUCUUGUCAUUGAAGCCUUAAAGGCCCAGCACAGAGAUGCUUUCAUUGAAGAGCGUUAUGGAAAAUACAACAUUAGUGACCCAUUAAUGGCUCUUCAAAGGGAUUUUGAGGCACUGAAAGAAGAGAAUCAUGGUGAUAAGCAACCUGUUUGUGCCAAUCCCCUGUCCAUCCUGAAGGUAGUGAUGAAACAUUGCAAGAAUAUGCAAGAGAAAAUGUUGUCCCAACUUGCUGCAGCAGAAAGCAGGCACAGAAAGGUCAUCUUGGAUCUUGAAGAAGAGAAGCAGCGGCACGCCCAAGACACUGCAGAAGGAGAUGAUGUCACAUACAUGCUGGAAAAGGAACGAGAGCGGCUCACACAGCAGCUGGAAUUUGAAAAGUCCCAAGUGAAGAAGUUUGAGAGAGAGCAGAAGAAGCUGUCAAGCCAGUUGGAAGAGGAGCGAGCACAGCACAAGCAGCUUUCUUCCAUGCUUUUGCUGGAGUGCAAGAAAGCCACAGCUAAAGCUGCAGAGGAAGGACAGAAGGUUGGAGAAAUGAGCUUGAAGCUGGAGAAGGAAAGGAGCAAAGUGAGCCAAAUGGAAGAGGACCUGGCUGCCAAGAAGAAGAGGGGCUUGCAAAUGGAGGCACAAGUGGAGAAGCAGUUAUCAGAGUUUGACAUAGAAAGGGAGCAGUUGAGAGCCAAGUUGAACCGGGAAGAGAACCGCACUAAGGCUCUGAAGGAAGAAGUAGAAAAUCUGAAGCAAACCUUAAAGGAACUAGAGGCUUCAUUCAAAGCUGGCAGCAACCAAGCUCAAAGCCCACCACCAAAUAUCUCAAUGGUGUCUACAGCAACCGUCACAGAGGGAUCUUCAGUUAGGUCGGUAGCUUGUCAGACAGGAAGUCCCUUAACAGAGAGCACUGGUCAGGGAAGUGCAGUCAGACUGGCGCAUAUAUUGCCUCCCACCUCUGCCACAGCUCCCCACCCCUAUGCCAAGGCAAAUGGGCACUGUGAUGCAGACAUACAAACAAGUGGGGGCCCAGCCCAGCCCAGCAUAGAGAACUUGCAGAGCAGCAAGUCUUUGGGCUCAGCUGUUGAGAAUGUCAUAGAAAGCAGUUCUCCAGUAAGAACAGAGCCCCUUGCCCCUUCGGUCCCACCAUUCCCUUCCAGUGGAAUAUCUUUAUCCCCAAGCAGCACAGCUGCUUCAUCUCUGACAUCCUCUCCAUGCUCUUCCCCAGUCAUGACUAAGCGUUUGGUUGGAGCUUCAGCCAGCAGCCCCAGCUACCAGUCUUCCUACCAAGUGGGAAUCAAUCAGCGCUUCCAUGCCGCUCGCCACAAAUUUCAGUCCCAGGCUGAUCAAGAACACCAGUCAAGUGGCCUCCAAAGUCCUCCAUCCAGAGAUCUGUCACCCACACUUGUUGAUAAUUCUGCAGCUAAGCAGCUUGCUCGCAACACAGUCACUCAGGUUCUUUCCAGGUUCACCAGUCAGCAGGGUCCUAUCAAGCCAGUGUCCCCUAACAGCUCACCUUUUGGCACAGACUAUCGAAACCUGGCCAAUCCCGUGAGCCCUAAAAAUGAGUCUAGCCCAGUCAAGGUGUCUAGCCCACUGAGUCCACUAUCUCCUGGAAUCAAAUCACCAACAAUACCCAGAGCAGAAAGAGGGAAUCCACCACCAAUUCCUCCAAAGAAACCUGGACUGACUCCUUCUCCAGCCACUCCUACCCCACCAACUAAAACUCCAUCUCAGGCAUCUUCUCUUGGUUCUCCCGUGGACUUGGCAAGUAGCUGUUCAAGCAAUGCUGUUGUAGCCAAUGGAAAAGAAAUUGAGAUCUUGUUGCCGACCAAUAGCUAGUGUCCAAGAAAUGUCACAUUCCAAGUGUUUGCCAUUCCUAGAGCUGAAACACUGUCUUAUCCACUCUGUUAUUUAUUUGAGUAGUAACAAAAUCUGUUUAUAUAAUCUAGUGUACUUUUUUCCUUUUUGUUUUAUAGUGUGUAGAAAUAUUUCUUAUGUACAAACCUUUUAAACACUAGAGCCUCAAGAGGUGUCUCAUGGCAGCAGGCACAUCAAACAAAGAGAAAAGCAGUCGAUUACUCUGCUGGGAGUUGAUCAGCAGACUGUGACAAUGAUAUACUCAUUUAAUAUAUAUAUUAAAUAUAUAUAUGCAGAAAACACUCCAUGCAAACUUCCAUUCCAGAUGGACCUUUUCUAAGAAGUGCCUGAGCUUAAGCCUGCGAAUCUCUGCAAAAAGCAGAAGGGAUCAUCCAACUGCAAAAAGCACAGUUUCUCUCUGAAUCAUGAAUGCCAAAAUUAGUACUGUUCUUAAUUCUUUCUGAUACCUUUGUUAACUACAGUAUGCUACAGAAAGGAGGAGUUCCAAAGGCGACCAAUAGACUGGUCAAUUUUUUGCCUGUUGUGAACAAUGUUAGUUAAUGUAGUUGCAUUGUCAGGUGCACUUUGGCCCCGUUCCUGAGCUUUAUGCCACCCAAUCCUUUCCUGUGAUGUGGUUUUUUAAAAAAACAAGACAGCAAAACUUUGGGAGCUUUAAACAAUCAGGGUGCCAGGGUUUCUCUCUCUCCAGUAAGUCAAGUAUUCAUUCCUUAUAUAUUUAUCUCUUCAUUGAGAUUCAGUAGGCUAGAUGAAAUCUUGAAGUGUUGGGUUAGGUUUUUUUUUAAAUAUUCUUCACGCAUUCUACUGUUGUGUAGAACUUCUGAGAGAAGGAUCUUUGCUAGUACUUGAUAAAGAUCUUAAUAUUACUUGAAAUGAGAAAUGGCUAGUCAAUUCUAUACAGGUUUUUACAUUGGAAAGAUAGGAUCUAUAUGAGAUGAUCCAAAGCAAUAACUUAAAAAUUGCUAACUAUGUAAUACUGUAAGUCAAGCUGAAAUAGGUGUUGCUGACUAAGCUGGGUUUGCUUGUAGAAGACAGCUGCCCUCCUUUCUUCAGCUGUGGAAACCAAAUCAUUUUUUCAUAUAAAGAGACUCUUAUAUAUGUGUAGAAAGAAGCAUACAUGUCAUGCACACAACAGAUUAUGUAAAUCUUGAUGUGAUUAUAUUAUUUGAAAUUCUUCACAACUCUUAAAGCAAAUGAGAAGAAACACUUUUAUGAUGAAGCUGCUACUUAAAGCUUUAUCUUCUCUAAUUUGGAAAACCUGUCUUCCUAGGAAAGAUGGUCUGUAACAUAGGGCCAAUACAGGGUUGAAGUUGUCUUUCCAAUGAAACUUUGUGUGCUCUGUGUGUGUGUGUGUGCCACUUAGAACAAAAGUUUAUCUUUUGACCCUCUCUGCAAAGCCCCCCCCCAUUAUAUAUCCUGCUCAUGUCUAAAAUUGUAUUAGACUAAGAUAUUUUAGCAGUAUAGUCAAGGUUAUGAAUAAAUUGAAGAACACCUUGAUUAAAUGCAACCUCCCCUAUAUCAGCCUGCACAAAUAGCAGAUACUAACUUCUCCUUUCAGUAUAAUGUCAUAUUUAUAGUUCUUGUUUCAAGAACCAGAAGAUGAUAUUCCGAAGUCAUGGGCACUUGCUACUUCAUCAUAUUGGGAUACUAGACCAAAGCUCUUGAUUCCGUGAUUUUUAAAAAAUGUAUUGGAGUUGCUUCAAAACACCACUAUGUAUGGUCUAGCCAGUAGUCCCUCCCUUCUUGAUCUUUAUUUGUAUGGAGUUGCUAGAUUUGCUAAAAUAGUUUAGUGGCUGAUUUUUCUUAAUUAUGCUAUUCUCAAACACACACUGACACAGAAGAUCCCAGCAUUGUGACUCUAUCCCUCCUAAAUUUUGGUCACUGUACCGUUUCACCAAAAUAGCCCUUAGAACUAGCAAUGCCUUUAUAGUUGUUUAUAGAUACAUAGGAAACAACUGUGAUAAGCACACGAGCUGAGUAAAGGCUUUUCAAGGGUUGCAGCUGAAAACUUGGGUGAAUGGUUUCUUGUCGGUAUAGCUUUUAAUCUUAAACGGAGGGGAUUGUAGCAGCCCUUAAAGUGUUUCCUUGUGUUUACACUAACUUGUAUCCUUUCUUUAUUAUAUGGCUCUAUAGAGAUUUAUAUACAAUAAUGAAUUUUAUUAGGAAAUGCACUGAGUAUUGUAUUCUGCAAUGGAUUGUGGGAAGGGAGAAUGAAAGAGGAGAGACGUAUUUUUGCUAGUAGCGUAUCUUCUGAGAUUAAACUAAGCACAACUAUCAAAGUGGUUCUAGCUAAUCCAGUAAGAUUUCUAGGAUUAGUAUUUAAGUUUUAUGUAGACUUGCGAGUAUGGAAACAGUGUUUAAUCUUCUCUGAAUCAUGUGUUGCUAGAGAAGUUUGUUCGCUGGCUAACAAGAUUUUAAUGACGUUCAACACAUAAUCUAGUAUUGUUCGUUAACAUCUGUAUAUUUGUAAAGUCAAAUGUAUGAAGCAGAAGUCCUUUUUAUCAUUUUUAUAGCUGGCAGCAUUAAACAUGUUAAACGUUCAUGCCAUCAAUAAAGGGUUUUAUUUUUAUGAUGUGAA